AUGGGUUCCUGCUCUAGCAAGUCCGGCGAUCCCUACCAGUGGGGCUACAUUGACGACGGCAAGGGCUGGACGGCGCGCCCGCGGUCCGAGUACAUGAAGACGCCGGCGUACAACAAACAUCUGCGGAGGCAGAUGAGGGAGGAGUCGUAUGCUAGGGGAGGGAAUGGGCAUAUUUCCAUGGCGGAGCAGUCGAGGAAGCAGUGGUGA